AUGUCAUCCAACCAAGGGAAUAAGAUAGAUCGGUACGAAAUCUUCCGCAUUCGUCAAGGCAUGAGGCCCAGAAGUAAUGAUGAGGCAUAUUUUGAUUGCAGUGGCAGUCCUAUGAUCGACGGAUUUGAUCACAAGAUACGGGUUUACAAUAAAAAAGGAGCAACAGGAAAUCAAAGAGGAGUCAAUUCUGAGCAAACAUAUGGAAGCAAAAAUAUAUCAGACUGUAGUUAUCAGCAAGAUUUUGAUGAUAACUUAGGUCCAUUGGUUACUUAUGGGAUCGACGAUGAACCGAAGCCAGGUGAUAAUAAACUAAUUUGGAUCAGUGAAUUCAUUCACAACUACAAAAACUGA